AUGCCCACCAGUGCCCCGAUCGCCGUAUUAACAAAAUUCACGAACUCGUUCGACCAUUGUAACCUGUCCUGCAGCGCCGCACCAAUGAAUGAUUCAGCCGUGGUCGCUAUAAACGCUGCCAGAACGACGAUCCACGCAUCCGUCCAGCCCCCGAGCAAACCGACGUACAGCGAAUACACAGCAGCCGCCAGUGAUGCUAAUGCACCCGCACCAGUGCCUUCCAAACUUACCGCACCCUCCGUGCCUCGUGGUACUAACUCAAACGUUGUCACAAGGUACGUCGUCUUCCCGUACGCCUUUCCGAUUUCGCUCGCUAUUGUAUCAGACAACUUUGUUGCCAGGGACGCUGUGUAUCCAAGUAGCAACGUGUCGUAA